AUGUCGUCGCCAAAAAAACUGCUGCUUAUGGGCCGCAGCGGCUCAGGAAAGUCAUCUAUGCGAUCGAUUAUCUUUUCUAAUUACUCGGCAUAUGAAACUCAAAGAUUAAGUGCCACAAUGGACGUGGAGCACUCGCACCUACGGUUUCUCGGCAACAUGACGCUCAAUCUUUGGGAUUGUGGUGGACAAGAUGUUUUUGUAGAAAAUUAUUUCUCAUCGCAACGAGAUCAUAUAUUUGGAGGAGUGGAAGUGCAUAUCCAUGUAUUUGAUGUACAGUCGAAUGAAGUCCAGAAAGAUAUUCGCACUUUUAUUGAAUGUUUAUCACAUCUUCGCAAGUUUUCGCCCAAAGCGCGUAUAUUUGUUCUUAUUCACAAAAUGGACUUGGUCAAGCCUGAAAAACGACCCGAAAUUUUUGAUACAUUUAUGCUUUAUCUACGCGACCAGAGUAAGCCCUAUGGGUUUGAAAUAACUGGGUUUAUGACAUCGAUCUGGGACGAGUCGCUGUACAAGGCGUGGUCACAGAUUGUAUGCUCAAUGGUUCCUAAUAUGAGCAUGUUUCAACGGUAUUUACAAAGGUUUGCAGAAAUUAGCGAGGCUGAGGAGGUUGUUUUAUUUGAGCGAACUACAUUUCUUGUGAUUUCGCAUGUGUCGCCGCUGGCUGAGCGACAAGCGUCUUACGAGAAGCUACUGGAGCAGACUGGAGAUGGAGAGCCACUUCGAAAGCUGGACCCUAAGAGAUUUGAAAAGAUUUCAAAUAUUAUUAAGACAUAUAAGCAGAGUUGCUCGAAGCUGCAAGCGCAACUACAGACGCUGACAUUGCAUGGACCGAGUUGUUCUGCCUAUAUUGACACUUUGACGAAUAACACGUUUGUCAUGGUAGUCAUGCCUCCUGGUGAGUCUGAGACUCAAGGCAAUACCAUAGUUGCCAACAUUAAGGGAGCAAAAGAAUGGUUUGAAAAAGUUGAGCAGUAG